CAGCUUUUAGCGUACACCGAUAAAUUUCAAGACUUUCAAAAAACCAUUGAUAAAAGUAAUGAUAUUUUCAAUACCUUCAAGAAAGAAACGGAAAAUGCUUCAAAAAGUAUUAAAAGAUUAGAAAAGGAGGUUAUUGUAUGGAAGACUAAAUGGGAGAACACAAAUCGUGCAUUUUUAGAAAUGACCGGGGAGAAAUUAAAACAAGAAAAGGAACAUGAAAAUUUCAAAGCUAAAUUUGAUCGUUUAAAAAGCUUAUGCCAUGCUCUUCAAGAGGAAAGAAACCAACUUCGACAAAAAGUAGCUGAUUUUACCAAGGUCCGUACUCAUGUCGCAAGACACGAUUAA